UCUGUCCCGGAGAAGGUCAGUGUAUCAACGGACAUUGCAUACUUUCCAAUACUACUGGAACACCUUCACCUGCUCUUAAAUCGGGAAUAGCUUAUCUGUUUAAUCAGAGAUCGGGAGCUGAUGGUUUGGGUCAUGUUGCAUGGGGUUAUUUAAGGGAUGCUACAGAAUAUACCUAUGGUUCACUUGAUGGUCCUGAAUCGAGCAUGACAUCAAGUUCCAACGGUUUUUGGGUUCAUUCAGGAACUUUUGAAGAAAUGAUUACCACUUUCCAAAGCCAAGAAUAUGAUUCUUAUAUUCAUGGGGUAGUUGAUAAACCUAAUGUCCAAAAUGCAAUCCAAAUGGAAGAAUAUCUUGUAAAUAUACCUUACGAUUUGAUAGUUAAUGAUUGUUGUGAUCGAGAAAUAAGAACUGGUAAAACUCAAGAUCUUAAUAAACACAUGAAUUUAAAUGGAAACCUUCGUAAAGGACAAUGCCAACCAGCUUUGCUUAUAAUGCAAAAUGUAGGAAACAUUACUCUAGAGCAAAAUACACCUCAAACUGAAAACGUUACUCCAGAGCAAAAUCCACCAUCAACUCCUGAAGGUGAUCUCAUAUCGUUUGAUGAAAACCUACCAACACUUCAGCCGAGAGAGGCAAGUGCGCCGGCAGUUGACCCAGAGAUAGGAUCUAGUAUAAAGCAAAACAAAACUAUCCUGAUUUAUAAAAAUAUACCAAAUGGAAUCGAGUUUUAUGAUGGAAAAGGAAAAUGGUAUGGAGUUAAAGAAGAUUUCCGUACAUUAUCUAAUAAGUACUAUUUUAUUAAAACAGAUUUAAAAGAAACAACUAUAGAAGCAUAUAAAAGAAUUAACGAAGAAUCAGAAGCUAUAGCAGAAAAAACAAAUGAACAGAAAGAAAAUGCAUGGUUAAAUUUAGCAACAACUGGUACUUUAGUAUUUGCAGAAAAAUAUGAAGGAGAAGCUAUUCAAUAUGAUGUAAAUUCGAUGUAUACAUAUGAAAUGUUAAAGAAAGAAGCAUCAUGGCCAAUUGCACCUGGUAAGUUUCAUACUAUAAACUCAUCUUUUACAGAAAAAUGGAGUAAAUUUCCUUAUGGAAUUUAUAAAGCAACAAUAGAAGGAAAUCCAUCAAAAAAUAUACGGAUAACAGGAAAAGACAUGUUUGGUAAAUGGGGUAUUAUAUUAUAUAACAUUAAGAAAGAAGGAGGAAUAGCUGGAAAAGUAAGUAAAGCAUUAUUAGUUUCAUUAUGGGGUGUCCUAU